AUGCUCUUCGAGACAGAACACGAUGCAAAGAUGAGUAGGACGCGGAACAGGCCAUUGGUACGAGGUUUGCUGAGCCGGAGAGCUGCAAUACUGUUUGCAAUAGCAACGGGCAUUUUCGGCACCGGCUUGCUGUGGAAUGGAGUGAACCCUACAACAGCAUUGCUAGGUGCUGGUAACAUUGUGCUCUACGGCUUUGCGUAUACAUUCUCCAAGAGGGUGCAUCCCAUCAACACGUGGAUCGGAGCCAUUGUUGGGGGAAUUCCACCACUCAUGGGAUGGUGCGCGGCCGCCAGUCAGUACAGCACAACGGUCGCAUCACUAUCAGACCCAUCGACGAUUGCUGCAGAAGCAAAAGAGCUUCUUCUCACUGAGCAAGCAGCCGGCGGGUGGCUCAUUGCAGCUUUGCUGUUUGCCUGGCAGUUCCCGCACUUCUUUGCUCUGUCGCACGGCGUGAGGCACGAGUAUGCCAGUGCAGGAUACAAGAUGUUGACAUCGUCAAACAUCCCCAUGGCUGCGAGGGUGUCGUUGCGCUACAGUUUUGUCAUGUUCCCGAUCUGCAUUGGCUUGAGCUACUAUCAAGUGACGGACCCGGCUUUCAUCGCGACAAGCAGCAUGAUCAAUGGAUGGAUGCUUAAGGAGGCUGUGAGGAUGUGGCGGUUGAACGGUGAGAAGGGGUCUGCGAGAGCACUCUUCUGGGCGAGUGUGUGGCAUUUGCCGAUUGUGCUGGUGCUCGCCAUGGUGCAGAAGAAGGGGCUCUGGAGCAGAGCAUGGAAUGGAGUGUUCGGUGAGCCAGAACUCGAAGAGGAAUGGGAAGAAGACUUGUAG